UCCGGCCCGGGGAGGCGGCUUCGGCGGGGCAGGCGGGCUCCACCCCCCGGGCCGGCCGCGUGCCCGCGCCUCCCAAUUCCCAGAACCAGGGUGGGGGCUCGAAGGGGUGGUGGCAACAGCUCCGCUUCCAGCUGGGCGUCUGGGCGCGGGGCCAGGACGGGCGGAGAGCGGCGGCGGCGCUGGGCGGCUGAUCGCGCGUAGGGCGGUGGCCUGGACCGGCCGAGCCAUGGCGGCCCCGGAGCUGGUGCCGAGGCGGGGCCGGGAGCGGGAACGAGAGGACGAGAGUGAGGACGAGAGCGAUAUUCUGGAAGAGAGCCCGUGCGGCCGCUGGCAGAAGCGGCGGGAGCAGGUGAAUCAGGGAAACAUGCCGGGGGUCCAGAGCACGUUCCUGGCCAUGGACACUGAGGAGGGGGUGGAGGUGGUGUGGAACGAGCUGCACUUCGCUGACAGGAAGGCCUUCUUGGUCCACGAGGAGAAGAUCCAGACCAUGUUUGAGCAGCUGGCGCUGGUAGACCACCCCAAUAUCGUCAAGCUGCACAAGUACUGGCUGGAUGCCUCAGAGUCCCGAGCGCGGGUCAUCUUCAUCACAGAGUACGUGUCGUCAGGUAGCCUCAAGCAAUUCCUGAAAAAGACCAAGAAGAACCACAAGGCCAUGAAUGCCAGGGCCUGGAAGCGCUGGUGCACACAGAUCCUGUCUGCACUCAGCUUCCUGCACGCCUGCAGCCCCCCCAUCAUCCACGGGAACCUGACCAGUGACACCAUCUUCAUCCAGCACAACGGCCUCAUCAAGAUUGGCUCCGUGUGGCACCGGAUCUUCUCCAAUGCGCUCCCCGAUGAUCUUCGAAGUCCCAUCCGUGUUGAGCGGGAGGAACCUCGGAACCUGCACUUCUUCCCGCCAGAGUAUGGAGAGGUUGCUGAUGGCACUGCUGUGGACAUCUUCUCCUUUGGGAUGUGCGCAUUAGAGAUGGCUGUCCUGGAAAUCCAGGCCAAUGGGGACACCCGGGUCACAGAGGAGGCCAUCACUCGUGCCAGGCACUCGCUGAGUGACCCCAACAUGCGGGAGUUCAUCCUCUCCUGCCUGGCCCGGGACCCUGCCUGCCGGCCCUCUGCCCACAGCCUCCUCUUCCACCGCGUGCUGUUCGAGGUGCACUCGCUGAAGCUUCUGGCUGCCCACUGCUUCAUCCAGCACCAGUACCUCAUGCCUGAGAAUGUGGUGGAGGAAAAGACCAAGGCGAUGGACCCGCACGCGGUCCUGGCGGAGAUCCCCCGGCCCCCCCGGCCCCCACUACAGUGGCGGUACUCAGAAGUCUCCUGCUUAGAGCUCGACAAGUUCCUGGAGGACGUCAGGAAUGGGAUCUACCCGCUGAUGAACUUUGCUGCUGCCCGGCCCCUGGGGCUGCCCCGUGUGCUGGCCCCGCCCCCCGAGGAAGCCCCGAAGGCCAAGACCCCGACACCAGAGCCUUUUGACUCAGAGACCAGAAAGGUGAUCCAGAUGCAGUGUAACCUGGAGAGGAGCGAGGACCAGGCGCGCUGGCACCUCACUCUGCUCCUGGUGCUGGAGGACCGGCUGCAUCGGCAGCUCACCUACGACCUGCUCCCAACCGACAGUGCCCAAGACCUGGCUGCUGAGCUGGUACACUACGGCUUCGUCCACGAGGACGAUCGGUUGAAGCUGGCUGCCUUCCUGGACAGCACCUUCCUCAAGUACCGUGGAGCUCAGCCGUGACCUUGAUCCUCGCACCUCAGGGCCCCAAGCCCCCUGGAAGCCGACCUCCUGGCUCCCUGGGGAAGCUUGGCAUUGGCCCCUGCAGUUGGGUGGGGAACCAGGGUCUCUGUCUGCCUUUGUGCCUGCUAGUGAGAACCUCCCCUCGCA